AUGCUACAUAAAUUCGCAAUAUGGUUCAUUUUUAUCCGAGUUGUUGCAUUUCAAAUGAGAGCUGGAGCUUCCAAAUACGAAGAAUUCAAAGUUAAUUGGUGUCGCCAGCGAAAAUGGCGACUGGAUUGGGAACGUCUGCAGAAACCUUGUCAGAACCUUAAUUAUAGAAGACACGAUGGACAACAAUAUCAAAGGUAACUCGCUAUUGAAUCACGUAAGGAAAAAAGCCCUGUUAUUGAACAUAAGAUAAGAACUGAUUAAGAGAUCUCAAAUAGGCAGAGUCAAGGCCUGACUCAAAGUUUUGACAUGCUUUUAUUUAGCUGAAUCUUUUAAUCAGGUUACCAUUGCAAGAGAAUAUUACCAAGAUUUUGUAAUACACCAACUUAUCCUGCUGACCCCAGAGGAAAACUGGCCCAAAGAGCAAAUUUUUCGAGGUCAUUCACUAUCACCUUUUAACAAACCGUCUUGCUCGCAAUAAUAAUAAUAGAAGGGAUUUGGCCUACAUGUUGCCCGUAGGGCUCACUGACCCUUACAUCCUUGAUUAGAAAUAUUUAUGGCUCCAGUAUGAUUUUGUUUAUAUUUUGAACAAUUAAUGUGGACAGAUGGUAUCAGCCUAUCCAACCAACUGACAAUAUUUUGCCUCAGGUUGAAAACGUCUCCUGAACACAGUGAAAUAUUUGAUUUACAAAUCCGGCCCGCAGGGGAAUAUAGUCGGUUUUUCGUCCAGUCCCGCACGCAUACUGCUCAGCGGAAGACAUUCGGAGGGGACUCGUGGAGAGUGUACAUUGAAGGGCCCUCACACCUUGCAGGGACCGUGUUUGAUCACAAUAAUGGAGUAUACGAGGUUUUGUUUCUUAUCAUGGAGCCUGGAGAGUAUAAAAUCAAAAUGAUUCUGGAUUAUACAUUGUGUGAUGGAUUAAUUGAUCCUCCAAUGGACUGGUUUAAAAAUGGUAAGAAACAGCUGAUCGAAACUGAAAAGAAAACACAUUGUGGCUGAAGACCCUUUCUUGUGGGUAAUCUCCUGGGGUACUCUGGUAAGACGGCUGAUGAUAUUCAAGAUUUCUCAGUGUUCCCAUUUGCCGUGCUCGUGUUAAGUCUCAUUCUUUACAAGCUUCCAACGUAUUCAUGCAUGGUCAAAAACGAAGUACCUUUGCCUCGAAAAUCGAUCUAGGUCAGAGUGGACAGCCACAAUAGGCAUGAUCAAACCCCGCCAUCAGCAAACUAAAGAAAUCAGUUAGUCGGUUCAUUUAUACAUCAAUGAAUGGAUUUGCGAUUAAGACAUUUUUCUCGCCAACCAAGUAGUACUCUGCAAUCAUGCUAACGAAUUUCAUGAAUUGCGGUAGAUGUAAGUGAUAGAUAAAAUUUCCACUCUCUUAUUUUCAUCCUUUUUCAUGUCAUUAUUUUGUUUGUGAUUUAUUUUAAGCUCACUGCUCGGGAAAGUUACACAAUGUUUCCCUUGGCAAGAAUCUCUUCUCAGAAAUGACUGGAUAUAUCAACAAACCUCUGUUGUCUGCUAAAACCAAAAAACUUACCAUCCCAUGGCAACGCCUCACAACCAUAGGUACGUUGAAAUCCCCUCUUUAGAAUACCUUUCUUAGAAUGUUUUGAAAUUCACUUUUUAUUUAUAUUGGGCGAAAAAUUUUAGCUGCAGUUCAAUUUAAUUAAAGCCUUCUAAAUACAAAAAUAACUUUUACUUUAAAAUGCGAAUGAAAAUAAUAAUAAUUAUAAAUAAUAAUAAUGUCAAUAAGAACCAGCUCUAUUUAUUGAGAGUAACGCAUACAUGUAACAGUAUAACUCAUGAUGAACUUUAUAUAUGAAAUGACGUUAUUUAAACUUAAGAAAGAGCAACCUCCCUUUCACUUAUAUCUUUUAAUUGUACAUUUCCCUUAAACAUGGGUGUUUGAUGCUUAUGUCCAGUCAUCAGAUUUUCGGUCACCCUUUGCAAGAAAACUUUACCAUAAGUCUAGCGUGCUGUGACUGUCCAUAAUUUUUCAUCUUUGUUCAUGUUAGAGAUUCAGAAAAACAUGCGCCAAGCAGACAGAGAGUGUGAUAUUCAGUGUAACCUGGUGUGGGAUGGCUUUGGUAGAUGGGUGACUGGUUACAAAUGGCUACCGUACAUGAAUUUUAUAGGAGAAGGUAAGCAAGCAGCAUAAUGCAACUGAAAAUAGUUCCAAAAAAGAAAAAAACUCUAAAAACUGCUUAUGAAAGGCGAUAUGAAAGGCGAUGUAAAUGUGGUCCGUUUCUUUAGAGGAUCAUGCGAUGGAGGAAAAGGGCCUUCUCCGCCGAGAUGAGUUCUCUAGAAAGUGCUCAAGCCUAAUAUUCGAGGCCUCAUUAAACAAUGAAUUCGUCCAUUUCGAAUGUACGCUACGAGUGAACUUCGCUUGUGGAUUACUUUAAAUAAUAUAAUUCUUGAAAACGAUUGGUUCUUAAAAGCCCUUAUUCGUGACUCGACUAGCUUUUUCUAGUCAAAACUGUCAGAUUUCACCUUUCCAAUUACAAGUAAUCAGGCAGCACUUUCAGCCAUCAGUCAUCAGCCAAUAAAAUUUAAUUUCCAAGCUAAUGCGAGCCAAUUAAAAUGAAUAAAAACUUUUUUUCAUCAAGCAGGUUGGAAGGUCGUCGUUGAAAAUAAACAUAUCUCCAUACAAUAAGAAGUGUGUGUGCUCUUACAUUUGUCAUUCCUGUGUUUUUCCCUUUUUUCUAAUGAUAUAAUAAAUAAUGGUAGGAGGACCGAGUGGAAUCCAAUUUGGUCUUUAAUCAUACGAGUGAUUAACAAAAUCGGACGACCGCAAAGCGGGGGUCUGAUUUGUCAAUCACGAAUACGAUUACAGACAGAAUUGGACAACGCCAAGUCCUGUUACCAAUUAAUCAUAACCACUACAAUUUCCGAAAAAAAGAAUAUAUAUUUAGGACAAACAUCUCCAGUAGGGACAAUGUCUAAAGUAAAAAAUUUGGAAAUUUCCUUUUUUUUUCAGGUUAAAUGGUUGUUGCUAUGGUUAUUUUGAUUAAUUCUGUGAUUAGUGGAUUUAGCUGAGUGGACUUAGUAUGAUUGGCUGCUUCAACUGUUCGAUUACAUGUGUUCUAUUACAGCCAACCGUCCGAUUACACUGUCUGAUUACAGUUGUACGGAAAGAUUAGUGAAAUAUAAAGCAGCUGAUGCACCAAUCACAUUUGAGGAAAUUGUAAUGGUUAUGAUUAAGUGGUAGUCAAGCCACUUGUCUUUCAAUUUAGAGGCAAGCGUGCUCGUAAUUUAAAAUCAACCUCGUGCUAUGCUCGGCAAAUUUGAAAUCCCUCCCCUGAUUACUCCCUGAAUUGUACUUCGCUUAGUCCUAUUACCACUGCUAACGAAUUUUCAACAACAACAUUAAGAUCUACCACUGUAUCAUUAUAUGACAGAUCAAUCAUAAUAACCUCAACAUAUUGGUCUUUGUUCACAGAUUUCUCAUCUCUGCAAAACAAAUAUAAACGCCAACACGAUCAUGCGGUUGGUAAAGGUGUAUUCUGGGUCUACGGUGAUUCGCUGAGCUAUUACUUCUACGAAUCACUCAAUUUUCCCAUGUCGCAAAGCUUGUGCUUUAAAAUAUUUGAGAAAUGCAAUAACACGUAUAACUGGAUAUACCCAAAGACACUUUACGAAUUGGUAAGUUUUUGACUAAUAUGCUCGCGUAUACAAGCAUCACCAAAUACAAGAAUCUUUUGGCGCUGAAUAAGAGUUAUCGUGUUUAUCAUCUUUCAUAUAGCUUUCUUAGCGCCCGGGACGGAGCGUUUUCACACACUUCAUCGACAAAAAUGUUUUACUGUAUUGGUUGCUAACGUGUCCUCUGCACGACUUUUCUGCUCUUAUGCUUGUCCUUUUACAGAAGCAAAACACAGUUCUGUUAAUAUUUCCAGUCCAGCCGUGAAUUUUACCCCCCUUAAUUUUUUGUUUUUUCUGCACAGACAGAAACAUGCGCUGAGGUCAACUUGCAAGUUCCCAGAGUUUUAGGCUUUUUCCGUCAAGUGCUCCUUAGGAAAGAUAUGGACAAAGACAGCGCACUGUUGUUAAAUGCUGGAGCUCACUAUGUCAAGGUGUUCAUGUCGUCCUUCAAUUUCCAAUCUUCAUUGUUGUUGAUGACAAUGAUGAUGAUUUUAUAAUCAUCUUUAUUAAUGUUACAGUUCAAUUUGUUUAUCUUGUGUUUACGCAAAGAAAAGCGAAAACAAAUCCUGGCAAUGGAACUUGAUCGACAUUAUGGCAGGGAGGCCAUAUGAAAUUUUUUAUUCCUUUAAAAUAAAAAACUGAUCGGUUGACUAAAAUCACUGUGUUAUUUCUUAGACGACAAGUUUCAAAAGUUAUAAAGAGGUAAUCACAGCACUGAUAACCGAAAUGAAGAGACUGUACAAGGGCAAAGCUAUCUGGAAAUCGACCACAGCGAUCGAUGCUCAAUCCGCUGACAUUAUGGGCGCCUUCCGCAGAUUUACGACAAAUCACGUGUGUAUUUUACGGUUCUGAAAUAUUAUUUUCUUGUUGUUAAUAUGUUAAUAUGCAUUACUUAAUUUUUACCAACAGCUAAUGGAGGAAACUUCACUUAGAAGUGUGUGUAAUGGUAAUCGUUUCAUCAAAGAUCUGAUUGUUAAUUCUCCCUUGUAGCUGCUACACAGUUCCUUGUAAUAUAGUUACGAGGAGUUGGUGUUAGAUCAAGAUGUAAACUUCUACCUGAUAAGUUUGAGUAUUCUCAUUACCUGCUCGCUGGAUAAUGUACGGAUGUCAGAGGGAGACGAUGCAUGUUAAUCACUUCUGGGAGUUAGACGGUUUAUGAGUCGUACGGAAGCCAAACACUUUUUAAAGUAUUUUGAUUAUACCACUAUUCUGCAAACAUUUAUAUGCUUCCAUCAAAGUUUACCUUCCUUUAGUUUGAGAGGACUGCUCACCUUCCUUUAGUUUGAGAGGACUGCUCACCUUCCUUUAGUUUGAGAGGUUUGCUCACCUUCCUUUAGUUUGAGAGGACUGCUCACCGCUUUCAAGGCAAUGCAACUGAAUGAAAUUUCACUUUUUUUCUGGCCAAUUAAGCCUGUGGAAAAAGGACUUGUGUUGAAGAUACACCUGCGGUUGUUCAAACCCUUUAACAAAACAAUUUGAUGUUCAUAGUUCACUUUCUGCCCUACUUUGAUUAAGUACUAAAAAAAGUGAUUCUCUUUCUCUUAUUUGCGCACUCUGGUGUAAUCAAAAAAGAAACCUGUCUCAAGGAACUGAUGCAUGGAUGACGUAAUUAGUUUGACGACCUUUUUGUUCACUUUUCAGAGGAUCCAAUUGUACAAUGCGUUUGCCAACUCAGCCAUGUGUGCAAGUGGUAUAAGUGUUCUUGAUGUAUAUCCUAUUAGCGCCUCAUAUCCACCAGGAACGAUGGAUGGGAUACAUUACGACAGUGAAGCAUUUUAUCCGGUCAUAGAGCAAUUGGAAAAAUACUUCUCGUUGUCUCAGUUAACAUGACCGUGAAGAGUCUAUGUAAACUUAUUCAUACCCUCUCUUGAAGUUUCAUUUCCAAUUAUCAAAAUAUCUGGGUAAUUUAGUAUUAUCAACAGAGUUGUUAACGUAAAUUGGUCAUCGUAAAAAAUUUAAAAGCUGACGUUUCGAGUGUUAACCCUUCGUCAGAACGAUUAACGAAGGGCUAACGCUCGAAACGUCAGCUUUGAAACUCUUUAAAAAUAAAAUAAAAAAUAAAAAAGUAAAAACCAAAAGCCUUCGCCUCUUCCACUCAUUUUGCUUCAAUUUAAACGAAAUAACAUUGAACUGAAGUGGAAAAGUUGCAAUUUUUUGUAAGAUACGCCAUUCAGUCACUUAAUAUUGAAUUUCGCAAACGAAACGCAUCGAUUUGCGAUGUAAAUCUAAUUAUAGGCUUUAAAGCGAACAAAUCUACGUUCAAACUUCUCUUACAACCUCUCUUGUGAGCUAUGUUAUUAAAGAUAAUUUCCAUGUGUGAACUCAGAAGAAACAUUAUAAGGUUAAUAAGAUACAUGAAACAAUUACUCAGUUCUGAUUGGUUAAAGAUGUAAAAAUACCAUUGUAUGUUAUUGUUGUGAUCGUGUGCGGUUGGUUUAAGCGAACGCACGGUUUGAAUAAAUUAUUUUUGCAUUUGACGCGCGCGCUUUGCUUCUGCAUAAUUAUAGUAAGGUAUCUCGUAUUUUUACAUGUAUAUUAUUAAUACGUAAUCGCAUGAUUUUUCUCGUGCAAUUUAGAAUAAAUAAGCACUUGCGAAUUUUUUCAAAGACCACAAAUUGCACUUACCCUACAGGAUCGUGCAAUUUGAAAAAAUGUAGUCGUGCUAAUUUAUUCCUAAUUGCGCUCGAAAUCAUGUGAUUACUACCGAGAUGAAAUCAAUUGCUCGAAUAUUUUGGUAGACCGUAGCUGUGUAUUGACAUGCGAUAUUCUUAUUGUAAGAAAACCAAUUAAAAGAAGCAAUCCUCUUGCGUUUUACAAUUUUGCCAUAGUCGUAAUUUCGUUGUUUUCUGGUCCUCACGUAACUCUGAUGAGGUUCCUUAAUCAUCGCGACAAAAUUGUGUUUGUUUCAUUGUGGCUUCUACUCAUCUAGUGAAACCGCACUAACUUACCCCUCCCCUCCAGCAAUUGUGCACUCGGGUUUAGUUUCCACGCGGCCAACUUCGCAUGAACGCGUCCGCGGAGUGUGUUAAGAAUUUCGAAUAGACAUUCGCACAUAUACUUGGGUUUUUGGCUGCUGUUGUUGGCUUGCCGAAGAGAGAUAUUUUGAAGGUAAGCUCAUUUUAAUUCUCUAAUGUGUUUUCUACAUUUCGAGGUGGAAUCCUAGGUUAAUUUGAUGCAAACUCUUGGAAACAUGCCCCUUUACCUUUCGAACAAUACGAAAUUCGAAUUCGUUCGGUGGAACUGCAACUGUAAAAUAAAUGUGGAAAGGAAAGCAUUAAAUUCUAGUGUAACAAAUCGCAUAAACGCUGUGGUGGAAUUUUUAGAUUAGAACAUUUAUCUUACACAAGGCAUAACGUUGCUGGUUGGUUUAAAAUGGUACAUUCAGUCAUGUAAACUAAAUUAUGGGCAAAUGAAAUAAUCAUUAUUCGGUAAGAUUUUGAAGUUCGAUAUUUCUUCUCGAAGUAAUACACUUCAGUUUAGUAAAAUGAGUACGAUGUCAACUUACACAGUUUAAUUUAUCCUUAUUUUCCUCAAAUUUAAUCAAAAUUUUGUCCCUCUUUACGUUUGAAAUUCAAGUAUUUUAAUAUUCUGCAUCCAAGGGAAUAUUGUUGUUGAUACCAAAGUAAAGACCUGUGCACCUACUCAAUGGGUUAUUCUCACAUGAUCUAAGGCUACGUUUGGUCUUUUCUUGCUUCCUGUUGUCUAUUUGCUCCGAUAGCUUUGUAGCAAUCGUUAACUCUCACUCCUGGUUAGAUGAUAAAUCUCCUGGUCUCCUACACAUGCAGUUACAGGGGAAUAGGGUGGGUGGGGAGACUUGCAUCCCAAAUCAGAGCCUCAAUAUAUAUUUCAGAUUUCCAAUGGUUGACAUGUCUGAUGUAGUUGUUCAGUUCAAUAAAUUAUAAUCAGUAAUUGGCUCAUUUCACAUUAAGGCUACACUUCUCACAUGUUCAAGUGGAGCUUUGUUUUAUACAUAGUGAUAUUACACACUGAAAAGGCAUGAAAUAAAUUUUUAUACACAAGCUGGUUUUUUUCUCAUGUAAGGAAAAUGAUACAUCUACUCAGAAGCUAUGUUUCAUAUUUCUUCACAUGUAAACCAUACCAAGGCAAUUCUUUUCAACCUUCCCUGGAAGCAUUUUGCUUUUCAAACCAUUUGGAAAAUUUAUCAAAUUCCACCCUCAGGGCUGUUUAUUAGGUCAAAUUACUUACAAAAGAUGAGUGAGGAAAGAUGUGCCACUUACCAGACUUUUGUGAAGGAUUAUGUGGAAUAGAAAGCUUGCAGAAAAAUGCACAAAAAAAGAAAACAAAGAAAGAUUUGAAAAUUUUCAAAGAAUUUUUGCACUGCAAAGAAAAAUUAGACAUUUAUCUUGAUAAUUUUAUUCCCUCUGUUUGACAAAAAGAUGGAGAAGAUUAUAAACCGUCAUGCCUUGUUUUGAGAAUUAAGAGGUAUUUUCAUAAUUUUUUGCUAGCUGACAGUAGUGUUGCAUUAUUUCUAUCAGCAAGACAAUUUGUAUAAAUUACAUCUUUUAACAAUUAAUAGUCAUUGAGCAAUGAUUGAAUCUCCAUAGCCAUAUAAUAUACAUAAUACACCAGAAAGAGUCUGUCUGUAUGGUAUUUAUGUACUUGUCAUUUUGUAUCACAAAUCUCACUUAUUUGUCAGGCUUAUUCAUUACAUUUAUGAUACUUAAACAAAUUGCAUGUAAAUACCAUACCAGACUUUCCAUGAUGUAUUUUUGAUACAUCCUACAAUAUCAACAAUUUAUUAUCAUUGACUGUUUUCAUUGUUAUUGUCCAUUAUUGACUUAUGGGGGGAUGCUAUCACAGAUGCAAGGGUUGAUCACAAAACAUUUAAAAACAAUAAAAUAAACUGGCUCAAAACUUAAAAACAAAAAUUUAAUCACAAGAAUCAAUGAUUCUUUGGGCAAAGCCCAUGGGAGAAAGGAGUUAUCUUCACCAUUGCAAAGGGUCAUGCUACAGCUCUGCUAACUUAUAUGUGUUCCUUUAAUUUACCUUGACUGUUACAAGCAUCAUUAUUUUAUUUAUAUUCAUUACCAAACAAAUGUAAAAGAGUUUUAUAAUUUUGUCACUUCACUUUUCAGAAACAUCUGCUUCUCAGUUAUAUGAGCCAUGGAUUUUAGUCAAAAUGAUGACUAUAUUGGUGAGUUUUGAAAAGGAAUUUUGAAAUAGAGGAGAUGAAAAGAGAAUGCAGAUGAAUGUUGAAAUUAGAUGGGGAUGAAAUAAAAUAAAAUUUUUUAAUCAAGCAACCUACUCUGAACAUCAGAUUAAUUUUAAUUCUUGAAACAUUCAUUAAGAUUGCUUUCUAAACGUGGUCACUUUUGUAGGUAACAUUUCAGUUUGCAUGAUUUUGCUCUAGAAAGGGUAAUGUAAUAUUAUCAACUCAGUUGAUAACAAAAACUUGCCACUGCAAAGAUUUUCAAAACUGACAUCUCAAGCAUUAGCCCUUCAUUAGAGCCCUAGCCCUCAUCACUCUAACAAUUUCUUUAGAGACUUAACCCCUUUGCUCUAGAAAGACUUUUAGAGACUGUCAUAGAACAUUGGUAUCAGUGAUACAUUAUAUAAGGUACUGGAAAAUUGAAUUAAGACUGUAGUGAGAUACUUGAAAAAGCAGUAGUUUUAUAUGUCUUUUAGUUUGUGAUGACUGUGGAAAACAAUUUAUCUCUGGUGAUUGUCCUGAUCAUGGUCCAUUGGAAUGGUAUGGUGACAGCCAGCUGUCAAAUGAAACACCUAAAGGAGACCAAGCUAAGUUAACCCUCCCUAACAACCUGAACAUCAUGCCAUCUGCAGUGUGGCAGGGCCAACUGGGUGUGUUUGCAAAGGCAAGGAUGGAGAAACAAGUUAUUUUUGGACCCUUCAAAGGACAGAAGAUUCCUGCCAAAGAGUUCCCUCUAAGAGAAGAUCACAACUUUAAAUACAUGUGGGAUGUAAGUAUGCAAUAAUAACUUAUUGUCCUUUUAUUGUUCGACUCCUAAAGUGUUCUUUACAUGUAUUCACAGUGAUUGGCUAAUAAUGGGUUAAUGGGUUCAACUCCCAAAUGUUCUUUGCAUGUAUUCACAGUGAUUGGCUAAUAAUGGGUUUCUUCUAUGACGAAAGAUCAUUCAUGACCAUUUAUGAGAUUGAAAUGACCCCUCUUACCUGGUGUACCUAUGAGACCAAGGGGAAUUCCUACUAAAUAUGGCAUUCCAUACCUAUAACUAGUAUAGUCGCAUUAAUCUGCACCAUCUAAGUUUUUGCUGGCCUCAGCCUUGGAAAGGGUAGAUAAAUCUGUUUAAAGGAUAAAUUGCUUGCUGGUGGAAAGAGUAGUUACUUUUAUGGGAACUUAUCUCCUGAUGGCCAUUGCUUUUUCCAUACCCACCAUCCAACAAAUUGACCCUGAUCAACAAAAAGAAAAAGAACUAAUCCCUUAAAGGCUGAAUGAUGCAUCGGACAAGAUGAAUCACUAACUAACCCUUUACACCCUAAUAUCAGUAUGCAUAUUCUCCAUACUGUUCUCUGUAUGUUUCCUAAGGUUGGUGACAAGGAGAAUUUGUUUAAAAUUCAAGAGCAUCCUAACUUGGUGAUCAUUUCCUUUAUUCUUGUGACCCCAAUGUGUGAUUCAGGGGUGAUAUUGUAAGGAGAAAUUAGAUGCUUAUCACUCUCAGGGGUCAAAGUGUUAACAAAUUAAAAGCAUCCUCAUAGACUCCUUUCUGCUGAAUGGCUGUCCAUUUCAUGGAUACAGCUGUAACAUUAUCCAUUAAUCUAACAACCAAGGCCAGAGGCUGAGAAAAACGACACAUGUCUCCACUAUUGUGAGGAACUACAGAGUGAAAUAAAUAGAAAAACCCAUGCCCCAGUCAUGUUUCUGCCCCUGUCAAGCUCAUGGUAGGAGCGUUAGAAGUGGAAACUAUGAAACAGUUUCCAAGUUUUGCAUAACUGCACACAAAUUGACACCUCCCUCCUUACCGGAGACUCUUAGCAGUCAACGCGUACCUACAGAGACAGAGGUAUAACUAUUUUGUUCAGACAAAGACUUUGUGAACCUACAACUGCUGGAAACAACACCACUUGAAAAGAAGAAAGUCGUGCCCAAACUCAGGUGGAUACUGUAAAUUAUUAGGGAAGGUAUAGGUAUAACUAUUUUGUUCAGACAAAGACUUUGUGAACCUACAACUGCUGGAAACAACACCACGUGAAAAGAAAUAAGUCGUGCCCAAACUCAGGUGGAUACUGUAAAUUAUUAGGGAAGUAUUGAAACUGGUACUCAUUGUUUGAGCACUAAUAACAUACAGGAAAAAAUUACUCAGUUCUAAUUGGUUAAUGCAGUUUUCAGUUAAUUCAAUGCAGAAGAGGGUUAAUUCAGUGCAAAGAAAGUAACAAACCAGACUUUCUGAUUGGUCUAUAAUCAAAGAAACUCACAGAUAGCCAAUCAAAUGCGAAUCUUAGAUGUCGCAACAUUUGGCUACGCUGAAAUUUUGCAAGCGAAACAAUGGCCGUCGUUUCAAGUAAGUUUUCUUUCGCCACCGCAACAACAAUACAGCAGCUGAAAAGCAGCUCUAACAACGAAAAUAAUGUAAAAAGCACUGCUUUUUGGUUGUCGGUUUAUAAAAAGUGGUGUUUAGAGAAGGGAAUUGCCAAGGAAAUCAAAAUUACGAGCCGAUCCAGCUUAACACUUUGCUCAAGCGAUUCUACGCCGAAGUUAAAAACAAACAUGGUUAAACGUCACAAACGACGAUUCCAUUCCAUCGAAAGUGAUUCUGAAACAGACUGAACAAUUCCUUGAACUGAUUAGGCGGACUUUUAACUUCUUUGCGCCUUAUGGAUGUGACAAUAUCAUUGUAUAUUAUUAUUUUGAUCGUACGCGGUUGUUUUGACAGAAUGCACAGGUUUGAAUAAAUUAUUUUUGCACUUGAUGCGCGCGCUUUGCUUCUGCGUAAUUAUGAUAAGCUAUUUCGUGUUUUUUCAUGUAUAUUAUUAAUACGUAAUCACAUGAUUUUCCUCGUACAGUUUGGAAUAAAUAAGCACUUGUUAAUUUUUUCAAAGACCACAAAUUGCACUCGCCCACUUUCAUGGAUUAACUCUUUUGCAAAUGUGUGUCUGUAGCUUGGUUUUGAGUACCUACUGACAAGGUUAUGAUUUAUUCAGGAGAUAACACUGCCCAACGAUAGAAUAUCAACAGGGACAGGUUUCUAAGCAUCUGGCCAUGGUGCCUCUUCCAUACAAAUAUCUUUAAAAAAACUAAGAAACCUGCGAAAACUGAUCGUUAGAAAUUACUUCCUAGAUUCUUGAAGGUGGAAAAGUCAGUCAAGUAAUUGAUGGCUCAGAUGAACAGAACAGCAACUGGAUGAAGUUUGUCAACUGUGCACGCGACGGCGAAGAACAGAACUUAGUGGCUGUGCAGUUCCGUGGUGAGAUUUACUACAAGACAUGCAGUCCAGUGGAGUCUGGCACUGAGCUGUUGGUGUGGUAUGGUGACAGUUUGUCAGUGAAGGUUGACAGUUUAGCUCAGAGGGAUGGUGAGUAAAAUGUUUCCUUGAAUAGAUUUGAUCACAUUGUUUAAGUUAAGUUUGAAAAAGUGUAUUUUACAAAUAAAAAUUGAUUCUGUGUUACCGUGUGUCUAUUUCAAAUUACAUAAUAAGCUCAGUUUAAUGCACGCAUUCUGAUUGGUUCUCACUUAAGAUCUAUUGGAGGACAGACGUAUAGAUUACGUCAUCAUUAAAACUUUUUUUAAAUUCUUUAUCAUAUAAAACAAAUAGAUUCCAAGUUGCCGUGCGUCUGUUCAGUAAUAGAUCACAGAGGACGUCAAAAUGUGGUUAAAACAUCGGUGACACACUCGACUGCGCCUCGUGUGCCACUUUUUUGUUCUUACCACAUUUUGACGUCCUCUGUGACCUAUUACUGAACAGACGCACGGCAACUUGGAAUCUAUUUGUUAAUUAGAGCACAGAUGACGUCAAAAUGUGGUAGGAACAAAGAAGUAGCGCGCGAGGCGCAGCUGAGAGUGUCACUAAUAUUUUUGCCACAUUUUGACGUCUGUGAUCCAUUAUUGUACAGAACCACGGUGACAUGGAACCUACAUGUACAUUUUAUGGGUUAAAAAGGCAUAUUGUUGUAAAUGGUGACGUCAUCUAUGCGUCUUUCCUCCAAGAGAUCAUUAGUUAGAACUAACCAAAGGCGUAUAAAAUUCAUUUAGAUUAAGAUAUUACCCUGUUUCUUCAAGUCUACGUCAUUUACAGUGUGCUUUCAGUGUCUUAACGGCCUCUACAUAGACACCUCAGAUUGAAGUGUCUGUGCUUAUACUCUUAGUGGUUCAAUAUGUUGUAUUCCUGGGAAGAACACCGCACUCCCACAAUGCUUUUCUCCAGCCAAGGGUAUGAAUGGGUAUGAAUGGGUAUGAAUGGGUAUGAAUGCUCACACUGCUCCAGUAAACUGUGAGGGAAACGGAGAUCAGCCACAAGGAUAUGGACUACUUGACUCGAAAUCACACUCCAUUUUUACAUUUCCAGCCUUAUAUGAGAAUCUUCUAGUUCAGUGAAAGUUAUACUCCGUUCUCUUUGUUACGUGAUUGUUGCCUUCAUUUGAUUGGAAUUUAACCAGGUCAUCUUUCGUAUCUUUACUGAUGUGUUAAAUCCUAACAAUACUACACAUUUAUUACUGUUGAGUUGCAAUUAUAGUGGUAGUUUUGAUAGUUCUGAUAGUUUUGUAAAUUGUUCGGAUUUGACUGUCAUAAUUCCUCUCUCUGUCUCUCUUUUUCUUCAUUUUUCUUUCUUUCUCUUUAUUUCACUUUUUUUCGCAACAUUUCUUAAUGUAAACGGAGUUUUAAGUUAUUUUCAUUCCAAUUUUUCUUUGUUCUUCUCUGUCCAGGUCAUGAUUAUAACUGUAAUACUUGUGGGUUGGUGUUCGCUGGGUCAACCUUUCUUCGACGUCACAAGGCAGUUCGCUGUCCAGGCCUAUCGCCUAACCAGACAAUUACUGUGCAUGACCAGACAGCUAUAGAGUAUGAGCCCGCGCAAUCGUCUGUCACUGAGAAUACUAUUAACGAGGUUAGUACAUCGCCUGGAGAUGCAGAGUCGUUGUAUGUUGUCGACAUUGGGACCACAAUCAAUGGAACCAACAGUACGGUUGUCGAGGAAGGUUCACGUUAUGUCCGCGUGCUCCAGCUGGAGCCCGCAUCUAGCUCACGAUCUUCAAACCGAGGAGGAAAAGCAGUAAAGCAAGCUGCAACAACAAAAGGCGCAACCAAAAGAAAUCCCUUCGCGCAGAACACGAGAAAAGCAAAGCGAAACUCGAGGAAAUCAAAUGUAGCGGAGGCUCAGAAAAUAGUUUCUUCAAAUACUACAAAAGCGCGAAGUGCAUCGUCUGGUAAGAAAUCCCUGUCCUCUGAGAGAACUUCCCGUGGAGCGAAAAGGACUACAAAUUCCCGCCGCGGAGAUGUUAUAAAAAAGAAGCAAACAUCGUCAGGAUCAGAUAAAUCCCAAGUCCAGAAAAACACCAGAAACUCGAAAGCGAAAGGUGAUAUGUCUGCUAAUAGCAUGAGAAGUUCCAGUGAUGCCAAUGAGGACGUGUUAGUAAGGGAAGAAUCUUCAGGAAAGGAAAUAAAUGAAUCCACAAAGAAAUCAAAGUCUGAAGAAGCAGAAAAACAACUAAACAAUUCAAAAUCUCCCUCGUCUCGGAAAAGAACAAGCGAAGGAGACGAAGGAUCAACCGCAGGUGAGGUGAAGAAAAGGAAAAGGACCGUGCCUGCAGAUAAACCCAUAUUCACCUGUGAGCAAUGCUCCAGAAACUUUAAGUGGAAGUCUCAGCUAAAUUACCACAUGCGAAGUCACUCGGAAAUCAAGGAAUUUGUGUGUUCUUUUUGUGAUAAGCGUCUCUCCCAGUUGUCCUCCCUAAAGAGACACCUACGCGUACAUAGUGGAGAGAAGCCGUUUGGAUGCGAAGAAUGUGGCAAGAGGUUUGUAGAGAAAGGAAAGCUUACUCUUCAUCUGCGCAAACACUCUGGGGAACCACUGGAGAAGAAGUUCAAGUGUUCCAUAUGCGACAGAGGGUUCACGUUAAGUGCAAAUCUGCGCACUCACAUGCGAACUCACACCGGUGAAAAACCUUACCCUUGUCCUCAGUGCGGCAAAGGUUUUAAACGAAGCUCAGAUAUCAUCAGCCACCUCCGGAGUCACACAGGUGAGCGGCCCUAUAAGUGUUCUCAUUGUGACAAGUGUUUCACAAUGAUCUCGCACAGAAACAGGCACGAGGUAAUUCACACUGGAGAGAAACCGUUCAAGUGUGAGUUGUGCGGGAAAGGGUUUACCCAGCCAAACUCGGUCAAAGCCCACUUGAAAGUCCACGAAAGAAGGCAAGCCAAGCUUUCAGGCGGGGAAAUGAGACAAGAAAAGCAAAAGAAAAAUUUCCGAGAUGGAGAGAUACAGACGGAUGUUCGGCCUGGAACAGACAAUGACGUGCAGCUAGGAGUCCUGCAUAGUGUAGCCUUAGGACAGGGAACUUGCGGAGAGAGAACGGAAAAAUUGCUGGGUGUGCAAACACAGAUAACGGAAAACGGAAAACAUUUGCAGGUGCCUAUAGAUAGUAUGCACCAGAAGGACUCAGAAAAUGCACAGUUAAAUCAAGAACCAAGGCCUACCAUACAGCCUGAGGACGUACCCCUGAGUAGUAUUAACGUAGAAGGUCCUGUAGGAGAAGAUGUAGCUUCAAGAGAUAAAACAGAACUCACAACAAUUGCAACAGAACAAUUAAAAUUAAGCUACACAGGUCAAGAUCACACCAAUGAGCUUCUAACUUUUGAUAACACCCUUGUCAAUAGUAAAGCACUCUUGCAAAUUAGCAGCGCGGCGCCAAGCGAUGGUGUUGAACACUGUCAGUUAGAGCUGGCUCCAGCCAGUGUUCAGGAUCAGCUACAACAGACUGAAGAAAAUGAGACAACGCUUUUUGCACUUUAA